GUCUAUUGUAACUGUAUAGUAAUAACUAUAGUAAUGAUUGUAUUUGUGGCAACCCAUCAUGUGUGGCAACCCAUCACGUGUGACAAUUCAUCACACGUGAUGGGUUGCCAAGGAACCGCUGGGUGCCCACGUCGGUCUGGGCGGUUUCUUCAGUAUUUCCAACCCAGACCGUGGUCUGGGUUGGAAAAUCUUCAGACCGGCGGUUUGCAACCACCGGUUACCCAUGACGCACACUAGCGCUGUCGCCGAGCUGCGGUGCACAUAUCUUGCUGUUCACAAGAAAAAAGGUCCCACCCCAAAGGCUAUCAUAAAGAUGCAAAUAGAGCAGCAACGGAACAGGAUACCACCCGCCAUUCCAACAGAGGAGGCGAAGUUUAUCGAGGCAGUAAACCACGAGCUCGGCCCUGAUAUCAAUACGCUUGAACUCCUACGAGAUUAUGAGCUGACGCAAACCGAUGUUACGGCGGUAAUGGUAGCAGUAUCAAAACUGCUCGCCAAGCAUCCAGACCUUCGACAAGAGUUCUUGAUUUUCUUAAAAUACCAAGUUGAACACAGCGCUAGCAAUAACCCGAAUACUAUCCCCAGUAGCCAUCCUGUCGCAAGGGGCCCGUUAACACCGACAUUAACAUCCCAGGGCACGAGUAGAGAUGAUGCUGUGCCUCAGCAGCUAAAAGAUGCUCAACAAUAUGUACAACUACCAGUUACGUUGACGACGAGGCGUCUAUGCAGCACGAGCCCGCCGAGCCCUCGAUGGCUCGCCUUGUCAAUACAACCUCCAGCAAUCACCCGGCCACGUGUAGAACUGUUUCCCCCACCUGUGGCGCGACUUUUGAAAACAACCAUUGACGUGCGAAGUGUCUAUGCAAUUGCAACACUGUACAGCGAUGGCAUAGACGCUUCGGAGAAGCUUCAAGGGCAACGCCUCCGCCUUUGCUCAAACAGAAACUUUUGCUUCUCUGGGCUAGUAAUUCACGGACAAGGAGUAUAUACCCUCAGGGUAACGCUGGUUCAUGGCCGCCAUGUCGUCGAGUAUGUGGAUAGCAAUGAAAUCUACUUGGGACCCCGGCUGACUGAGGAUGUUAUAACCGUCCAAGACACUCGAAGUUUAAACGGCAGCUACUGCACCUGGAUGAAAGCACGUACACAGACGAUUACACAGGGCUUUUCCCAAAUCGGAAAAUAUAUGCAGGAUCUAUGAUAUAUCUUGGACAGCAGAUGUAUACAAAGCUGAUCGUGUUAGUCCGAGAUUCAGAGCUCAUUAUAGAGAAUAAUAUUGUAGAUGGAUUCUGCAACGCUCGGGAUGGGUUAUCUGUUUAUGAAGACGGGAAAUCGUAUGAUGAUGGGGAAACCGAAUGGGCUGACGGCCUAGAUAAAACAAUCUAUCUUGGCGGAGAUGGGGAAAUGUACCGGCAAAGAAUGGGUGGUAUAUUUCAGUCUUUUUUUGUGGCGUUAGAGAGAAGGGUGACGGUGGUAGAUGCCGUUAGAUACAUUGCGCAUAUGGUGUUAUAUUAGACUCGGAUUAAUCCACAGUAUGCUAUGGCCCAAGUCUAUAUUUGCACAGUUGUCUAGAAGGUACACGCAACCUAAACUCAAAACUUUACCAAAUAGUACAUUAGCUUGCAGGAAAAUAUAGUUUAUCAAAUAUC